AUGGCUAGAAAUGAAGAGAAAGCACAAUCUAUGCUGUAUCGCUUUCGCGAGGCAAAGAAUGCUGAGCUAGGUGGAUCAAAGAAGCUGGAAAGAAGACCUUACCGCAUAUCAGAAGUGAGCUCCCUUGCUGAGGCAGAGAAAUGGCGCCGCAAUGUCAUUGGCGAUAUCUCAAAGAAAGUAUCCAAGAUCCAGGACUCCGGUCUGUCUGAUUACCAAAUCCGAGACCUGAAUGACGAGAUUAACAAGCUGAUGCGCGAAAAGUAUCGAUGGGAGCAGCAAAUUAAGGAUCUCGGAGGCGUGAAUUAUAGGAUAACGGGACCAAAAACGCUAGAUGCUCAAGGCAAGGAGGUCCCAGGUGCACGUGGAUAUAAGUAUUUUGGGCGCGCCAAAGACCUGCCGGGAGUCAAGGAACUGUUCCAACCACAAGCGCUGACGCUGAAGGAGAAGACCAGAGCUGAAUUAUACCGCUAUAUUGAUGCGGAUUAUUACGGAUACAGGGAUGAAGAGGAUGGAACGCUUCUAGAAUUUGAAGAAGAACAAGAGGAGUUGGCAAUGGUGAAAGCGCUAGAGAAAGCAAACGCGGAGGAAGAGGAUGGCAUGGACGUGGAUGGCCAGGGUGAAAAUACCCAGCCUCUGGGCAAGUUGUAUGUUCCUUCACAGAAGGAGGUCGAGGAGUACUUGGUGAAGAGGAGGAAGCAGGCUAUUCUGGAUCGCUAUAUCAGCGAAGAAGUCGUUCAGAGUUUGUAG